CUCCCGCGGGACCGUCUCUCCGGCUAAGGCGUUCUGCAAGCACCAUGAGCUAUUUUGCAGAUCCUGCCAUCCAUGGCCCUGCACCUUAUCAAGUGGCACAUCCCACAGUAGUGAGGCAGGGACCCACCAACCAUUAUGAAGAUCCAAGAAUGACCUAUGGUUUCCUGCCCAACUAUCACCAACAAAGAACUUGCUACCCACUCUGGGAAGAGAUGGCCACGCAGGAAGUUCCCACUGGUCUUGAACACUACAGCUCAGACAUGGAAUGUGCAGAUGUUCCUCUGUUAACACCAAGCAGCAAAGAGAUGAUGUCUCAAGCGUUGAAAGCCACAUUCAGUGGAUUCUCUAAAGAGCAGCAACGACUGGGAAUUCCCAAAGAUCCCCGACAGUGGACAGAAACCCACGUGAGAGACUGGGUGAUGUGGGCUGUGAAUGAGUUCAGCCUGAAGGGUGUGGAUUUCCAGAAGUUUUGUAUGAACGGCGCAGCCCUGUGUGCCCUGGGCAAAGACUGCUUUCUGGAACUGGCCCCAGACUUUGUUGGGGACAUCUUAUGGGAACAUUUGGAGAUCCUGCAGAAAGAGGACAUGAAACCCUAUCCAGUCAAUGGCAUUGGGGGCUACCCUGAGUCUCGUUAUACUUCGGAUUAUUUCAUCAGCUAUGGUAUUGAGCAUGCUCAGUGCGUCCCUCCCUCGGAAUUCUCAGAGCCAAGCUUCAUCACUGAGUCCUACCAGACGCUGCACCCCAUCAGCUCUGAGGAACUCCUGUCCCUCAAAUAUGAGAACGAUUACCCCUCUGUCAUUCUCCGGGAUCCCCUGCAGACAGACAACCUCCAGACCGACUAUUUCGCCAUCAAGCAGGAAGUUGUGACCCCUGACAACAUGUGCAUGGGGAGAACCAGCCGGGGGAAGCUUGGGGGCCAGGACUCCUUCGAGAGCAUUGAGAGCUACGAGAGCUGCGAUCGCCUUACCCAGUCAUGGAGCAGCCAGUCAUCUUUCAGCAGCCUGCAGCGUGUCCCCUCCUAUGACAGCUUUGACUCUGAGGACUACCCGGCCGCCUUGCCCAGCCACAAGCCCAAGGGCACCUUCAAGGACUAUGUGCGAGACCGCGCCGACCUCAACAAGGACAAGCCGGUCAUUCCUGCUGCUGCCCUGGCUGGCUACACAGGCAGUGGCCCCAUUCAGCUGUGGCAGUUUCUUCUGGAACUACUCACUGACAAGUCUUGCCAGUCCUUCAUUAGCUGGACAGGAGAUGGCUGGGAAUUUAAACUCUCUGACCCAGACGAGGUGGCCCGGAGAUGGGGCAAAAGGAAAAACAAACCCAAGAUGAAUUACGAGAAGCUGAGCCGUGGCCUUCGUUACUAUUAUGACAAAAACAUCAUUCACAAGACGGCAGGGAAACGCUACGUGUACCGCUUCGUGUGUGACCUCCAGAGCCUGCUGGGGUACACGCCCGAGGAGCUGCAUGCCAUGUUGGAUGUCAAACCCGACGCAGACGAGUGACACAGCCCACGGUUCGGGCACACUGCUGAGACAUUCCCAAGCACAACCAUGCUGGUUGGACUCUGAAUUUUCCAUUGUUCUAUUUUGAAUUUUCCAGAACUCGUUUUUUACAUUCAGGGGUGGGAGCUAAGUGAGCUACAGCUCUAACCAAUUGUUUUCAGUUAUCAA